CCCUUGAUGCCUCUGUCACCACUGAGGGACUUUACACGCCCCUCGACUUGCAGCAUGACAGAAAACACGUAGGCUCGAAUCUUGAUAAUGUUUGUUGUCGUUAUUAAUAAGUAAACUGAGCCGCCGACGACCGAGGAGAGGAGCCCGCGUUUCCGCGUACAAAUGGCCACCAUCGUCUUCUGCACUGUAAACAAAACGGCUCGUUCGACGGCGACACGAUGUUCGAGUGCCAGUGGAAGAGAGACACUUCGGCAGUUCUCCUCAGCUCACAGCCCGUCGGCGACCUGGCUCCCGGGGGCGAGAUGGUUUUCCAGGGGCACCGGGGUAAGGUUCAUGUCCCACGGGACCGCAGGACGAGCUGCGGCUGGACGAAUCAGGAGGGGAGCCCUGGCGCUCGGCGGAGCCGCAGCGGUGACGGCAGCGGCGGCUGUAGCGGGACUUUUAGCCAACGCCAACCACUUCCCGCGGGCGCAUAUGGCAACUAGAGUGUCCCCGGCCGCCGAGGACAGGGAGCAGGAGGGGGACAUCGUGGAGAGAUGCCGGGGGUUCAUGUGUCCCCCGGUGACCGACAUCAACGUGCUGCAGGGGAGCAAAGAGGAGAUGCGCACGAGGAUGGAGAUGCUGAUCAUGGAGACCCAGGCCGAGUUCUGCAGAGCCCUGCAGGAGGUGGACGGCGGGACCUUCAAGGUGGACCGGUGGGACCGGAAGGAAGGUGGCGGAGGAAUCAGCUGUGUGAUGCAGGACGGUAAGGUAUUUGAGAAGGCGGGGGUCAAUGUGUCCGUGGUGUUUGGGCACCUGACCGAGGAGGCCGCCAAGCAGAUGAGGAGCAGAGGGAAAGUCCUCAAAGGGAAGGACGGGAAGCUGCCAUUUUGUGCCAUGGGUGUGAGUUCCGUUAUCCACCCCAAGAACCCCCACAUCCCCACGGUGCACUUCAACUACAGAUACUUUGAGAUCGAGGAGGAAGAUGGCGCUAAGCAGUGGUGGUUUGGCGGAGGCACAGACCUGACUCCAGUCUAUGUUAAUAAAGAAGACGCCUUUCAAUUCCACAACACCCUGAAGGAGGCCUGUGACAAGCACCACUCGCAGUACUACCCCGACUUUAAGAAAUGGUGUGACCGAUACUUCUAUAUCCGCCACAGAGGUGAGACUCGGGGCAUAGGAGGGAUCUUCUUCGAUGACCUUGACUCCCCAAGUCAGGAAGAAGCGUUCAGCUUCGUCAAGAGCUGCGCCGGAACCGUGGUGCCAUGUUACCUUCCCAUCGUGUACAAACAUCUCAAUGACUCCUUUACCGACGAGGAGAAGGACUGGCAGCAGGUUCGACGUGGCAGAUACGUAGAGUUCAACCUGGUGUAUGACAGGGGGGUGAAGUUUGGCUUGGCCACGCCUGGCUCCAGGAUUGAGAGCAUCCUCAUGUCCCUGCCCCUCACUGCCAGGUGGGAGUACAUGCACGAGCCUGCCAAAGGUUCCCUGGAGGCCGAGAUGCUGGAGGUGUUACGAAACCCCAAGGAGUGGGUUUGACUGCUGUGUUCACAGGUUUACGUUACAAUAUUGACGGAACAUCCAGGAGAGCGUCUUUGCUGUAUUUUACAAAGGUGUUGCCUGUUUGACGAGAUCAGCGGCAGUUAAUGCUGUUUACCAAAAAUAAUAUGUAUUUGCUCUGAGACUCUGCAUCUGGACCGUUCUCUUUCCUGUUUGUUUUUUGUAAAAUCAGCCCCGUUGAUCACAGGAGAUUUUUAAUUGUUAUAUGGAGACUUUGUAUUGUAGAACUCAGUGACAGAGCUUCUUUUAAGAAGUCUUUGUGUCAGACACUAGUUUGUGUGUGCCUGGGCUAAAAGUGGUGUGAGGCAGCAGGAUCUCAACUCUUCUUUCCUUUAACAAGGCACUGAAAGGGAAAACAAGGACAAACUGAGCCACUGUCUGUAUUUGUGCCACUAACUUGCAUCAAAUAUUAAUAAAUCUAGUUUUAAUGUUUAAAGUGAA